AUGGAAGAAUCCGAAUGUACUGAGAAAUUUGAGCUGGAACGACUAAGUGUCGAAGGAACUGAGCUGGAUCAGUCAGCUGGCCGAGUGUCUGAGCGCGGGAACGGUUAUGGGUUUGGCCGGGACGCGCAGAAGGGAAAUGCGCGGGAACGGUUAUUUCCCUUGUUCGCGAGCGCGGAUAAUGAAAUAGGCGGGAACGGUUAUGGCCGAGAGCCAAAACGCGUGCGUUUCAUUAAUCCGACGGUUAUGGACGGGAUCACGGGUUAA